GCGCCAGGCGGCGCCAUGCGCUGCAAAACAACAUGGCGGCUGCGGGCGGCCGGAACGGGAAGCGGGGCGGGGGGCGGGAGGCGGCUCGGCUGGCGUUGGGGCUCCCCCUGGCGGCGGCUCGUCCCGGCUGCUGGCGGGAGUUUUGGUUCCCCGAGAGCGGCGGCGCCGCCUGGAAGAGGAACUCGCCCUGAGAUUCUUCCCGCCGAGUCGCGCUCGCUUCCGCGUGGGUGCGUGAGGCUCAUGGAGGAGACGGCGGCGGGCAGAGGGCAGCCGAGGCAGAGGGCGGCCCGGCCUCGCGGCUCACGGGGUAGAGGCACCGCGGCACGACGCGGAUCGACCGCGAGGGGUGAUGCGACCGACGGGCAUCCCACGGACGGGGCUCCACGCGCGGUCGUGCCCAGGGCACGAGCUGAGUCCACCCCGGUGCCUCGAACCCUGUCGGCGCGGAGCAGAGCGACGGGCGGGCUGCGGCUGAGGGAGGUGCUGUCGCAGCUCAGCCUGGGCCGGCAGGACGUGUCGGAGGCGUCGGGGCUGGUGAACCACGUCGUGUCCCACCUGAUCCAGGCCGUCCGAGGGAGGGACGGCAGCUUCAGCUCCAUCAGCAGGCUGGGAGCCGGCAGCUACUACGAGCACGUCAAGAUAUCUGAACCAAAUGAGUUUGAUAUCAUGCUUGUAAUGCCUGUCACAAGGCUGCAGCUAGAUGAGUGUGACGGCACUGGAGCCUAUUAUUAUCUAUCGUUCAAAAGAAGUCCAAAAGAGAAGUAUAUGAAUAAGUUUCUAGAUGAAGAUGGAAAAUUAUCAGCCGACAAAAUGCUGCAAGAACUAAGGCGAAUUAUUAAAGAGGAAGUAAAACACAUUAAAAUAGAUGUGGAAGUAACCGUGAAAAGGAAAAAGCCCGGAAGCCCUGCAAUAACUCUCCAGAUCAAAAAGCCUCCAGCAGAAAUAUCAGUGGACAUCAUCCUGGCUUUGGAAGUUCAGCAGAGCUGGCCUCCCAGCACACAGGACGGCCUCAACAUAGAAUGCUGGCUAGGAAGAAAAGUCAGGAGAGAGUUCAGACAUAAACCCAUUUACUUAGUGGCCAAGCAAAACAAAAAAGAAAAGCUCCUAAGAGGAAACACCUGGCGACUCUCUUUCUCUCAUAUUGAGAAGGCCAUGCUGAACAACCACGGCAGCAUAAAGACGUGCUGUGAAUCUAAUGGAGUAAAGUGCUGUAGGAAAGAUUGUCUCAAACUCCUGAAGUAUCUCCUAGAGCGACUUAAAAUGAAACAUGCAAAAGAACUGGAAAAAUUCUGUUCGUAUCAUGUCAAAACCGCCUUCUUCCAUUCAUGCGUCACUUGGCCAAGUGACACAGACUGGCAGUAUGAAAACCUGGAGCACUGUUUUCAGAAAUACCUGGAAUAUUUUCUGCGUUGUCUGCAGGAUUCUCAGCUGCCGCACUUUUUUAUUCCCCAGUACAACUUGCUCAGCCUGGAUGAUAAAGCAAGCAAUGACUUCCUUUCAAGACAAAUAAACUAUCAGUUGAACAAUGGAUUCCCAGUAUUUCACCAGGCGUAGUAAAAAAAGAAGUGUUUACAGUAACUAUCUGAAAACAAGUAAAGUAGAUCUGUAUAUUUUAAAACAUAUGUUUAGCACUUUAUAUCAUUUCUCAGUAGUUUAAUACUACGGAGAAACAAAACCAAAUCAGGAACACUAACAGAAAGCUGCGUAUUUCAGUUACGUUGCAUAACUGUAUUCCUUUAAAGAACCAGGACGUUUGAAUUAACGUUUGAUUGGAACAGUUACAAAAGUAACCUGACUCCAAUGAGAAAAGUUCUGACAUGGAACGAUGGUUAAAACAGAAGAAAAGGCACCUGCCAACAUGAAAAUUCAGCAAGAGAACCAGGCCUGAGAGCUUGGCCUUUGGCCUUCUAACAAGGCCUAGGAACAGACAUCCCCAAAGCAUGGCUGAAUACCUCAUACCAGUGCCAUCCUGAAGAUACCACUGGUACGCAUAUAUAUAUAUAUGUAUGUGCGUAUACCUGUGUAUAUAAAUGCCUAUCUGUAUAUAAAUGCCCAUGCCAUAAAUAUAUAUAUAUAUAUAUAUAUAAAAUAUAUAUAUACUACAAGAAAUUGAGUUGCUCAAGUGUGUGCAGAGAACAAUGAAGCUGGUGAAUGGACUGGAAAUCAAAAUGUGAAGAUCCUGUUGGUCUCUACAACUACCUGAAAGGUGGCUGCAGUGAGGACAGCAUCAGUCUUUUGUAACUUGGGAACCAGUUUAAUGCUUUUAUAAACGAUCUGGACAGAGGACUCAAAUGCCUAUCAGACAAACUGAAGUAGGACGAGCUGUUGCCUUCUUUGGAGCAGAGACACCAUACAGAAAUUCUGACAAACUGGAGAGCUGAGCGAUCAUCAGCUGCACGAAGUUCAACAGUGGCAAGUGCAGGAUUCUGCACAUGGGAUGUGGUAAAGACUGGGGAAAGCAGGAUGGAAAGCAGAUCCAGAGAAAGGGAUCUGGGGGUUUUGGCUGAGAGGAAGUUGAAUGUGAGUCAGCAUUGCAUCCUUGCAGCCAAAAGGGCCAACUGGUGCAUCAGAGCUGAAGAGCAAGGUAUACAAGGAGCAGCUGAAGUCCGUGGGUGUGCUCAGCACAGAGCAGAGGAGGUGAGGAGAGGCCUGAUGGCGAGUGCAGCUCCUCACACAGGCAGCUGAGGGCAGUGCUGAGCUCUGCUCUGUGUGACAGCAACAGGGCCUGAGGGAUCCACAAGGAGCUGCCUCAGGUGAGGGGCAGCUGGGGGUCAGGGACAGUGUCUGCACCAGAGACAGUCAGGUCCUGGAACAGCAUAGAAAAAUCCAGGUUGAAAAGACCUCUGUGGACAGGCUCCUGAGGAAAGGCCUUUUCAACCUGGAUUAUUCUGUUAGCAGCGCUAUACCUAUGACAGAUUACAGUAUGUAAGUAUAAUGCAUCAUGUCUGCUUGUUGUUUUAGUCUUGCUAAGUUUACAAUCAAUAAUUAUUUUCACUGUCAUAACAAUUAAGGUUGAGAUUAAUAAUCCCCAAAUCACUUCUGCUGCUGUGUACUGUAUCCUACCUCAAAUUGCCUUUUUAUUUCUAGUUGCUGCUAUUAAUGGGCAUCUUUAGUAUUUGGUACAUACACAUACACACACAAACUCAUUUCCCGGUAAUAACUGUAACAGCUUUUAUACAUGCAUAUUUGCCAUACCAAUCAUAGCGUUCUUCCUAGUAGUGAUUUGUGUUCUUUUGUAAUAAACAGGAAUCUUCAGUAAACAACAACUGUAUGUCCAUGUGUA